UCGUUGGAUUGGUCCGAUGGGAAGCUCGGCAAUGCGGAAUCUCCUAGUGCAAAUGGGAACGAUACCUUUUUUAUCCACCACUCUCAACUACUCGCCCGUGGUAUUGCAUCGCCUUCCAUUCCUUCAUUCUUCUCGCCUUCAUCGUUUAUUUCGUUCUUCCACUUUCACUCGAGCUCCCUCUCUCCGACCGAUUUCUCCAUCCAUUAAAACAUUAUCCAGCUUUCUAGACAUGGAAGGUUCUAAAGCUGGCCUAGUAGAAGAAAUGCCACUGGGGUUAGAUGCAACUACUGAUGAAGAAUACGUGUCCCAGUCCAAGUUACUUCAAGACUUCAACAGCAUCUCCAGCAUUGAGAAGGCAUGGACUUUUAAAUCCGAGGGUGGAGUAGGUUCCCAGGCAAUGUUUUUAGUAAGCCAAUCAAAUCUUUUGGCAAACAAGAGGAAAAAAUUUAUUCUAUCUGCUAACAUUUCGAAAGGCACUGACAAAUCAGUAGAAUUCCAAUUGCCCCCAUUUCCUGUUGAGAUGAGCGAUGUGUCUGCAAUUGUUCCAUCACCAUCAGGUUCAAAGCUUCUUGUUAUUCGGAAUCCAGAAAAUGAAUCUCCCACAAAAUUUGAAAUAUGGGGGCAGUCUCAGUUGUCGAAGGAGUUUCACGUCCCCCAAUCUGUUCAUGGCUCGGUAUAUACUGAUGGAUGGUUUGAGGGUAUUUCGUGGAACUUCGACGAAACUCUCAUUGCUUAUGUUGCUGAAGAAACAUCUCCAUCCAGGCCUACAUUUAGUAGCUUGGGCUACAAGAACAGUGGCUCCACAAAGGAUUGCAAUAGCUGGAAAGGUCAAGGGGAUUGGGCUGAGGACUGGGGGGAGACUUAUGCAGGAAAGAGGCAACCUGCACUCUUUGUCAUCAAUGUUGACAGCAGUGGAGAGGUACAAGCUGUUAAAGGAAUCAAAACGUCCUUGAGCGUUGGCCAAGUUGUGUGGGCUCCAUUUACUGGAGGCUCUUAUCAAUAUUUGAUUUUCGUUGGGUGGUCAUCAGACACUAGAAAGCUUGGAAUGAAAUACUGCUACAAUAGGCCUUGUGCCCUAUAUGCAGUUAGAGCACCACUUUUGAAAUUGGAUGGUUCAAUAGAAGAUUUUCCUGUCUGUAACCUGACUCAGAGCAUGGGUAGUGCCUUUUUUCCGCGGUUCAGUCCGGAAGGAGAGCAUCUUCUGUUUUUGUCUGCACAAAGUUCUGUCGACUCAGGGGCACAUUGUGCAACAAAUUCGCUUUACCGAAUUGAUUGGCCAAGUGAUAGAAAGCCAAGUCCAACUGCCAAAAUAAGUGAUGUGGUUCCUGUCACCCAGUGUGGGGAGGAUGGUUGCUUCCCAGGGCUUUAUUGUUCUAGUAUCCUUAGUUCUCCAUGGCUUUCUGAUGGACACACUAUGAUUUUAUCUUCAAUAUGGGGCAGCAGAGAAGUAUUGCUUUCUGUGAAUAUAUUGAGUGGGGAAAUAUCACGUGCCACUCCUGCUGAUUCUGAUUUUUCAUGGCAUGUCGUUGCACUGGAUGGGGAUAACAUUAUUGCUGUGUCUAGCAGUCCAAUAGAUGUUCCAGAACUCAAAUAUGGUUAUCUUGUUGAGAAACCAAAGAGUGCUCAAUGGAGUUGGUCUGCUGUAUCAAGCUCCAUAUUCAGAUGCUCUGAGUCGGUUAGAUCUCUAUUGUCCUCUCUUCAAUUCAGUAUUAAGAAAAUUCCUGUCAAGGAUAUCUCCGAUUGCCAGACAAAAGGUGCUACCAGACCUUAUGAAGCUAUACUAGUGUCUUCCAAUUUGGAGAAUGCUUCUUCUGAUCCACUAAUUGUAGUCCUUCAUGGAGGCCCUCAUUCUGUCUCAUUGUCAAGCUUCUCAAAGUCCUUGGCAUUUCUCUCUUCAAUUGGUUACAGCUUGUUAGUUGUAAAUUAUAGAGGAUCAUUGGGAUUUGGUGAGGAAGCAUUGCAAUCUCUUCCAGGGAAAGUUGGGUCGCAGGAUGUCAAUGACGUGCUCGCUGCUAUAGAUUAUGUCAUCGACUCGGGACUUGUUAGACCUUCUAAGUUGGCUGUGGUUGGUGGUUCACAUGGUGGCUUUCUAACAACUCACUUGAUUGGCCAGGCACCAGAUAAAUUUGUUGCAGCAGCUGCGAGAAAUCCAGUUUGUAACCUUGCAUCAAUGGUUGGUAUAUCUGAUAUCCCUGAUUGGUGCUAUGUAGAAACCUAUGGAAGGGAGGGCAAAAAUAAAUUUACGGAUGCACCUUCAGCUGAGGAGCUUGCCAUAUUUCACAGCAAGUCUCCCAUAUCACACAUUGCCAAGGUCAAAACGCCCACCCUCUUUCUCUUAGGUGCUCAAGAUCUCCGUGUUCCUGUUUCUAAUGGUUUGCAAUAUGCGCGGGCGUUGAAGGAAAAGGGGGUUGAGGUCAAGGUGAUCGUGUUCCCGAACGACGUUCAUGGAAUUGAGAGACCGCAAUCUGACUUUGAAAGCUUCCUGAAUAUUGGUGUGUGGUUCAAGAAGUACUGCAAAUAAGAAGGCACAUCUAAGAAUUGAUGUCUUUUAUCCGUCAUUGAUUGGUGGAGGCUGCAAAUUUAAGCUAAUUGUUGAAGUACAUAAACAAUCUGUUAACUUUGAUAAGGGAAAUGCAGUCAUGAAAAUCCCAAUCCGCCAUGUAAAGACAGUCUUUAAUGGUUAAUAUGCUAGGUUAUUGCCUAUUAGCAUA